AUGGUAGAACGGCCAUUCGAGUUACCAUUCGAGAGCCUUAUUAAGGAAGCGAGGUCCAUCUCCGUAUACGAUGGAAAUAACGAGAAGACAGCAUUACAACCCUGGUUAAUAGAAGUAAACGACAUCAUCCUGGUAACAAAUCCUGGACCACAGAGGGCGUACAUAUUCAAUAUUAUUAUGUCGAAAAUUCAAGGACCAGCGAGACAGGUGAUUCAGCGAAUUAUAAAUCCGAAUUGGGAGUCAAUGCGGGCUGCAUUGAUAGCGAAUUUUGGAGUCACGGAACCCUACACUGCUUUGGUAAACGAAAUUCAUCGGGGCCAAAAGACGAAGAUCUUCCACAAAGGAAAUCUAAUACUCUUCCUACUAGGAAUAAUCACCGUUCUGCUUCAAAUUAAAUCAACUUUAGCUCAACCAAGUCUUCAAGUUGAAGAAGUUCACUCUGCCACAGGAUUACUUCUUAUUAAAAAGGGCAACGAAAAAUUAAUAAGGGAUUACAAAAGAAUUUAUCACAAGAUCGAUUUACGACAGUACGAAUUAGCCUUAUUGGAACUUGAGAAAAAUAUAGCAGGUAAUACUUACGCUAAACAUACAAUACAAACUAUAAAAAGAGAAUUAAGAGCUUUAGCAUACCAAAAUAAUACUAUUUCUAGAUAUACUAAUAUUAUUAAUAAUAAUCAGCAAAAUGAUUUUAAAACUCCGGAAGAAUUCUUUAAAAAUUUGUUUAGUAAUAGGCAGAAGAGAGGUCUUUUUAAUUUCAUUGGGACAGGUUAUAAACUUUUGUUCGGAGUAUUAGACAAUGAUGAUCUAGAAGAAAUAAAUGAACAUUUAACUAUUAUCGACGCUAAUAACCAUAACCUAAUCGAAUCAUUAAAUAAGCAAGUUAAAAUAAAUACAGUAUUUCAAGAUAACCUAAAUAAAAUAACAAAUAAUAUUAAAGAAACUAAUAACUUAUUUAACAUUUUAGCUAAUGAGACCAACAAUAACCUCAAACAAAUGAAUAAAAUUAUUUUAAAUAUACAAAUAAACCACAACUUAGACCGCAUAAAAGAUGAAAUAGAAAUUAUAAUUGAUAAUCUAAACUCUGCUAAAAAUAAUUUGAUGACAAGGUCCUUGCUAACAAUGGAAAAAAUAGAAGAAAAUAAUAUAUCCUUUGAAGAAAUAAAAGAAAUUACACUUUCAGUUCUCGUAAAACAAAAUAGUAUCAUUUUCAUAAUUAAUGUCCCAAUAUUCACAGCACCACUUUUAUCUUACUACGUCAGACUAAUACCAAACACGCAGUAUGAAACGUUAAAUGUAAAAGAAACUAUUGCUGUAAGCUAUAAUAAUGAAUAUUUUGAAUAUAAUAAGCUUUUAAAAAAUUUAAAACAACCAUUGAAUUGCACAGGAAGUAAUAUGCAAUUUUGUGUCAGAAAACCUAUAAAUAAUAUUACUAAAGUAGAAGAAAUUGAAAAAGGGUUACUCCUUGUAAUUAAUAUUAACGGUAGAUUAAUACACGAUUGUAACGAAAAGAAAUACGAAUUGAAAGGUCAUUAUAUAGUUAAAUUUACUAAAUGUAAAGUUCAAAUAAAUCGCAUUACAUACAAAAAUACUAUUACAGAGUUCAGUCAUACAUUGUUAUUAGAACCCAUAGUAAACAAUAGUGUUAUUGGAAAAGAAAUUAAGUUGGAAGAUCUGAGACUUGAAAAUAUUGAAAACUUGAAACAAAUCGAGGAAAUUAAAUAUUUUUCGAAAAAGCACUAA